AUUCACAGUACCCUACCUGCCAGAAAAAUAGAGCACUCAAGAGCAGCACCAGGCAACUGCACUUGCAUAACAGCCACACGGUCGUGGCCGGAGGAAUGGGGGGGGUAGCCAGCUAGUUAGAUUUCUGAGAAUAAGGAAACGCUCACUACAAUCAAUUAAGAUGGUGUCGUGGAUUAUCUCCAGGAUGGUAGUGUGAGUAUGCAUUCUGCAGCGUCUGUUUGUUGUAGCGAUCGGCUCGUCAGCCCACAUCGAGUUCUACAGCUGCAUACGAUAGCUCGCGCUGCUGUCAUCCGUUCGCUGCCAUGGCUUGUGGCCCAAAGCGCACGCGGACAUGUAUCUUGAUAGCCAGAUCGGUAGCGAGCGAGCUAAUUUGCGAACAAUUCAAUUGUCGUUGGUUUGUCUAUAGCCCAUGGUGCUUAAAUGUACAUUUUGACCACUGGUGUUUCAUAAAACCAGGAUUGUAGUCAAACAGCAACACCGUUAGCCUGUGCAAAAUUGGCAAGGUAGCUAGUUAAUGGUUAGCUGAAAUGACAACGCUGCUAGCCAAGUGAAGGUGGAAUGCAUAAAAUGGUUAACUAACAAGCUUGCUAAUGCCAUCUACUGAAGCUAAUUUACCAAUUCAUAUCGGUUGUGUAACUAAAUCAGUAAUACAAAAUGCUUUAGUCCUUAAUAUUGCUAAUCGUGCAUAAUCCUGAGUAGUGCAGGCCCGGCUGCUAUGAUCAUCAAAACAUGGCAGCAACUGCACUGUUAGCGUGACACUGACAGCCAGACAAAUCAUUUAGCGUCAGUGCAGUUGCUGUCAUAUGUUUUGAUGAUCAUAACAGCCGGGCCUGCACUAUCAGGAUUAUGCACUAUUCCCAAUGUCACCUCAACCAAGACCAAGUCAAGAUUUUACCUGAUUUCUCAUCGUUGUCAUUUGAGUUGUCUUAAAAGGUGCAAUAUGCAGAACUCGCUCGCCAUUUCCUGGUUGCUGAAAUUUGAAUAGUUAGCCUACUUUUCAGUUUUUGACAAAACAAGAAUUAGAGAAGUGUAGAGAAUCCAUGUACCAUCUAAACCGAUGUUAAAUAACAUACAUUUUAAUUAACCUAAAAUAUUGUAUUUUCAGCUUUUUUAAGCUGGUGUACAAAACUUAAGAACGGGAAGUAUAGAAAUAGUGUUCAUAGAAUAAAAUCUACAGCUUCUUAGACUUGCUUUCAAUGAGAAUGACAGAUCUAGAACUCACAUUUAGGUGAUUUUGGUCCGUCGCCCAAAAAGUUACACAUUGACGCUUUAACGCCUCAUGUCCACCAGAUGCUUCACUGUUUGCAUUCCGGCGGAAUUCAUUAAUUGUCAAUGGAGCAGUCCACAACAAUACCUUGUGGCUGCCGGUACGUUCUGUGUACCGCAUGCGUUCAAUAUUUUCAACUAGUACGCUGCUUUACCGUGCGGUGUUACAAACUGAAGUACACAGAUGCCAACUAGUUAGCUUUCAGCUAGUUGAAAAGCGAAGCACGUGCGUCAACUACCGAAAAUGCGGCGAAAACAAAAUGCAUAUACAUCGGGCUUAAUGUGUUAUCGCGCUGUCAACGUGACAGUGGUGCUGUUUCAUAGGGGUGAGACCAAUUAUGUUUUGGUGAGAGAAAGAGGGAGGCGCAUGUCCUUUGAUAAUGAGACAGUUGAGCUAGGCUCGCCUGUACCCUGGCAGCCAGGCGAGUCAACAGCUGUCUAGAUCCUGUUGAGUCCCACACAGUCAUCAUCGUACAUCCCAGAAUGUAUCUAGCUGUUAUCAGCUUACUGUGUUUGUUAAUAAUCAGUGUUGUAUUUACGUGGUAGGAAAAGGUAAACUCACCUGAAAUGGUUUGUGUGGUAAGUUUAGCUAUCAAACUAUGUUUUCAUGUCAACAAUAGAAAUUGUCAUCUUAGUGUGGAACAGGAGCCACAGUUUUACCUCCAAUGUAAAUAGCGGAACCUGCCUGCUAGUUUUGAAAUGCACAGGCGCUGAAUAAUGUCAUUAUUCGCACAGGAUUCGUUUUACUGGGGGAGAUAGGGAUAUGUAAUUAUGUGCAUGAGCACAAAUCACCGCAUCAGUAAUUUAAAUCCCGUUGGAAUCUGCCAUGUCGGUCAUUUUUGCAUGGCAGGAGAGUAAUAAUUCCAGCCGUAAAAAAACAACUGUUUUUCGACAAACUCCAAGGUCCUCUUAUAAUACUAGUCCCGUGCGAAUUGACAUCACUGUUUUGAGAGAAAUGUCUGAGUUUGACAUGUUGCUCGCGAUGCUUAAAACGAAGUGCUGCCCAUAGCCUAUAUAUGAAGGGCCUACAUGUAUCAACAUUCAGUGAAUGAUUUAGUUUCUACAUUUUGUGCCAAUAAAUUGAACAUCGCCAAAUGCGUCAGUAAAAAAAUAUUGGGCCUAUUUAAUGCAACCCUUGCGGUUAAUGGAUGCAAAGCAGUAUUCCAACUGAGCUAAACUUUUGGAAAUGACAAGUCAGGACUUCUAUUGGGGAUCGCUAAAAUAAUGAUUAGGAUCACACUUCCUUCAUUCCAAUAUUAUGGCAACACUAUACCAAAUAGUUUAUAAAGCAUACCAAACCUGGGAGCCAAGCUCGAGUUACCAGUGUAGCCUGUCACAAGGACAUGUUAAAAUACACUACAUGACCAAGUAUGUGGACACCUGCUCGUCAAACAUCUCAUUCCAAAAUCAUGGGCAUUAAUAUGGAGUUGGUUCUGCUCCACUCUUCUGAGAAUAAAAAUAAAGGCUUUCCACUAGAUGUUGGAACAUUGCUGCGGGGACUUGAUUCUUGUCAGCAACAGAGCAUUAGUGAGGUUGAGCACUGAUGUUGGGCGACUAGGCCUGGCUCGCAGUCCGCGUUCCAAUUCAUCCCAAAGGUGUUUGAUGGGAUUGAGAUCAGGGCUCUGUGCAGGCCAGUCAAGUUCUUCCACACCGAUCUCGACAAACCAUUUCUGUAUGGACCUCGCUUUGUGCAAGGGGGCAUGCUGAAACAGGAAAAGGCCUUCCCCAAACUGUUGUCACAAAGUUGGAGAAACAAAAUAGUUUAGAAUGUAAUUGUAUGCUGUAACAUUAAGAUUUCCCUUCACUGGCACUAAGGGGCCUAGCACGAACCAUGAAAAACAGCCCCAGACCAUUAUUCAUCCUCCACCAAACUUUACAGUUGGCACUAUGCAUUGGUGCAAGUAGCGUUCUCUUGGCAUCCGCCAAACCCAGACUUGACCGUCGGACUGCCAGAUGGUGAAGCAUGAUUCAUCACUCCAGAGAACGCAUUUCCACUGCUCCAGAGUCCAAUGGCGGCGAGCUUUACACCACUCCAGCCGACUUUUGGCAUUGCGUAUGGUGAUCUUAGGCUUGUGUGCGGCUGCUCAGCCAUGGAAACCAAUUUUAUGAAGCUCCCAAAAAACAGUUAUUGUGCUGACGUUGCUUCCUGAGGCAGUUUGGAACUCCGUAGUGAGUGUGGCGACCAAGGACAGACUAUUUUUACGCGCUUCAGCACUCGGCGGUCGUGGCCUACCACUUUACUGCUGAGACGUUGUUGCUCCGAGACGUUUCCACUUCACAAUAACAGCACUUACAGUUGACCGGGGCAGCUCUAGCAGGGCAGAAAUUUGAUGAACUGACUUGUUGGAAAGGUGGCAUCCUAUGACGAUGCAACGUUGAAAGUCACUGAGCUUUUCAGUGAGGCCAUUGUACUGCCAGUGUUUGUCUAUGAGGAUUGCAUGGCUGUGUGCUCGAUUUCUAUACACCUGUCAGCAAUGGGUGUGGCUAAAACGGCCGAAUCCAUGAAUUCGAAGGGGUGUCCACAUACUUAUGUGUGUGUAUAUAUACAGUGAGGGGAAAAAAGUAUUUGAUCCCCUGCUGAUUUUAUGUUUGCCCACUGACAAAGAAAUUAUCAGUAUAAUUUUAAUGGUAGGUUUAUUUGAACAGUGAGAGACAGAAUAACAACAAAAACAUCCAGAAAAGCGUUAUAAAUUGAUUUGCAUUUUUUAUGAGGGAAAUAAGUAUUUGACCCCUUCUCAAUCAGAAAGAUUUCUGGCUCCCAGGUGUAUUUUAUACAGGUAAUGAGCUGAGAUUAGGAGCACACUCAAAGGGAGUGCUCCUAAUCUCAGCUUGUUACCUGUAUAAAAGACACCUGUCCAUAGAAGCAAUCAAUCAAUCAGAUUCCAAACUCUCCACCAUGGCCAAGACCAAAGAGCUCUCCAAGGAUGUCAGGGACAAGAUUGUAGACCUACACAAGGCUGGAAUGGGCUACAAGACCAUCGCCAAGCAGCUUGGUGAGAAGGUGACAACAGUUGGUGUGAUUAUUCGCAAAUGGAAGAAACACAAAAGAACUGUAAUUCUCUCUCGGCCUGGGGUUCCAUGCAAGAUCUCACCUCGUGGAGUUGCAAUGAUUAUGAGAACGGUGAGGAAUCAGCCCAGAACUACACGGGAAUCAGCCCAGAACUACACGGGAGGAUCUUGUCAAUGAUCUCAAGGCAGCUGGGACCAUAGUCACCAAGAAAACAAUUGGUAACACACUACGCCGUGAAGGACUGAAAUCCUGCAGCGCUUGCAAGGUCCCCCUGCUCAAGAAAGCACAUAUACAGGGCCGUCUGACGUUUGCAAAUGAACAUCUGAAUGAUUCAGAGGAGAACUGGGUGAAAGUGUUGUGGUCAGAUGAGACCAAAAUCGAGCUCUUUGGCAGGAGGAGGAAUGCUGCCUAUGACCCCAAGAACACCAUCCCCACCGUCAAACAUGGAGGUGGAAACAUUAUGCUAAGGAGUUUUUUCUGCUAAGGGGACAGGACAACUUCACCGCAUCUUCACCGCAAGGGACGAUGGACGGGGCCAUGUACCGUCAAAUCUUGGGAGAGAACCUCCUUCCCUCAGCCAGGGCAUUUUAAAAUGGGUCGUGGAUGGGUAUUCCAGCAUGACAAUGACCCAAAACACACGGCCAAGGCAACAAAGGAGUGGCUCAAGAAGAAGCUUAUUAAGGUCCUGGAGUGGCCUAGCCAGUCUCCAGACCUUAAUCCCAUAGAAAUCUGUGGAGGGAGCUGAAGGUUCGAGUUGCCAAACGUCAGCCUCGAAACCUUUAAUGACUUGGAGAAGAUCUGCAAAGAGGAGUGGGGCAAAAUCCCUCCUGAGAUGUGUGCAAACCUGGUGGCCAACUACAAGAAACAUCUGACCUCUGUGAUUGCCAACAAGGGUUUUGCCACUAAGUCAUGUUUUGCAGAGGGGUCAAAUACUUAUUUCCCUCAUUAAAAUGCAAAUCAAUUUAUAACAUUUUUGACAUGUGUUUUUCUGGAUUUUGUUGUCGUUAUUCUGUCUCUCACUGUUCAAAUAAACCUACCAUUAAAAUUAUAGACUGAUCAUUUCUUUGUCAGUGGGCAAACGUACAAAAUCAGCAGGGGAUCAAAUACUUUUUUCCUUCACUGUACUUCCACCACUUUCUGCCUGUGUCCAACAUUGUAAUAGCCACUCAGUUGGUCAAGAUGGUCAACCCUGCCCAUUUUCAUGUUGUAAUCCAUUACAAGCUCUGGAACAGAUAAAUUCCUACCAUUUUUAAAAAUGACUCCAAAACCCCUGCCACUGUCACUUUAGGCCCAGGCUGUGUAGUACAAGGGUGAAUGGUGGGACUUAGGGCAUACGCACGACAUGGAAACGUAGGCUCCCCUCUCAGGUGUGCUCUCCAUCUUCCCCUCCCUAUUCCUCGCCCUCUGCUCCUUCCUCUCCCUUCUCAUGGACCUCUCCCUUCACUCUCCUCUUCCUCUCUCCCUCUUCCACUCUCUCCUCGCUCCACAUCUCUACCCCUCCAAUCAUCUCUAACUCCUAUUCCUCCCUGCCUUUUGCUGCUGAACCCUGACUCUCCACAUCACUUCUUUCACUGACCAAGAGGAACAGAGAAACAGAGGGAGAGGAGCAACAAAUAGGAUACAAUUGUAGUCGGGAACAUAAUCUCUCCCUCUGUCUUUCUCUUCCUUCCUUUCUUUCUCAACCAUACAUACUCUUUUCCUAAUAAGAUGUUUCCAUUAUGAAUUGUGAUAGUUACACGCCUGCCAUUUCUCUCACUAACUACAGAGUGGGACAAUGUUAGCUGAUAAGUUACAAAGCUGGGAAAGUUUCCAAAUUAAUUGCAUCGGUAGAAACAGGACAAAACAAGCAACUUGUGAGCUGGCUAUGUAAACAAAUAACUCAUCAUAUGCGCUCCACUGCGCGGGCAUCUUCUACCCUAAUACGGCAACUAAGCUUUCAAAUAAUAGAAAAACAAGGCAAUGUAUAGCCUAUGAAUAUCUGCACCUAGCAAUCAUGACAAAGCAUAACCUAAGCCCAACCGAUAAACACCAAUUACUCUAGCCUUCGUUUCGGUGGCUAGUUAGCUGGUUUUCUGUAUGGCUAGCUAGUAAAAGUGACAGCUGAGGUUGACGCUUCGUGAGCGCUACCCAAAUUCAUCACUACACAACUUUUCUUGCCUGACCGACUAACUAGUUAGCUAGCUAGAUAUAGAAAGCAGCUUGGGCCGUUUCCAUAUAAAUUACAUCGGCAGAAACAAGACGAAACAACCAACUUGUUAGCUGACUAUAUACAGCUAAACACUGCAACUAUUUCUAUGAGACAGCGCGCAAUCGUUCGAGCUCCACCGCUGAUGUGCUUGUCUGUACCAACCAAGUUAUCAUGACAUGACAGGAUUUGCUAAUCUGUGAGCUAUUCCCCAAGUUUCACAGCAUCAAACAUAUCUGCUGUUUACUUAUUUCACUCAUUUCGACAUCAUCGCUUUUCAAAGUGCAAGGAUGUGUGUGAAUCUGUAUCACCAACCAACAUAGAUAAAGCCUCUUUCACAGUGAAGUCAUUCUGCUUCGGUGCUGUCAAUUUGAGUAAAAAAUACAAUUUAGUCAAAUGACAUAAAACCCUGGUUGAUAACAGCCACGCGAAUACGACAACAUGUUGUUAGCGAGUUAAUUUUGCGAUAUUGACACUUAUUAUUGUUAGAAAACAAGGCCGUUAGCGUCGAUGGCCGCUAUUGGUUUUAAUUAAAUAAUUAUUCAUGAAAGUAUAUAUUUCUUUUUUUAUACGUUUUUGCCAUUGGGCCUGGGCAUCAGACUCCAGAGCCCUUUAUUGCAGAGUUGUGUCAAUGAAGUGGUUGGUUUUAAAUUGGCUAACACUAUCACAUAGUUUGUGCAGGCUGAAAUAUGGUGCGUUGGGAUGCUAUCGGUAACUUUAACAUUUGUAACAAGCAUUCGUUGUUACACCGCUGUACUUAGACUGCAAUUACCACCAGUUACAUCUUAUUACAGUGUAACUGUAUUACAAUACUUGUUAGUGUAAUAAGGACCCCUUAAAAUGAAGUGCUACCUGGAAUUUCAUCAUGGGUCUCUGAUCUGUACUAUACAGAAAUGCACAACUAUGGAUAUAAAUAAGAGAUGACAUUUGAGGUUCUCAAUGUAUUUUUCUUCAUUAUAACAAAAAUAUAGCCCUACACCUUGGGCACAAAAACUAACGUAUCAGUCUAUGCUACCCCCAGUGUAAGGGAGGACUGUAGCAGGUGACCCAACUGUGGUUUGUGACUACUAUAAUCUCCCAUUGUAGCCAGUAAAGUAGAUAUGUACAUUCAUGUUUUCUACUCUAGUGUACUGAACUCUACUGUGAUGUCCAAACUUGUGAAACAUGGGUGCCCUGCCCAAUGUCUCCUCUUACUGUAAUGUACAGCUACCGAUACAGUGCAGAGCAGCACUGGCUCCACACGCAUGACUGGGCAAAUCACACACAGACACAGACAGAAAGACCUGGAUGGACCCAGUGUACACGACACACAAAUGGAACAAGCAAAACCCAUAGCAGGAAGAUUUCCACAGACACAGCCUAAAAGAGGGCCUGGCAUACACCAUAUAUCACUCAGACAAAGAUGGUACACAUAAUCCCAAUUUAACCUACACUGGUAGCAGACAGCCUCUGAUGGCUGUGUGUGUGGCAGACAGACAGUAAGGCGUGGUCAUCCUAGAUCUCCCCUCGCUCAGCAUUCAGUUCCUGUCACAUCAGCAGUAAUUGCCAGGCCGACAGGACAGAGGACAGUGUGUGUGUGACUGGAUUUAUUUUUCCUUUUUUGUGUGUUGCAGGCAGGUUCACAUAUGGUGACCUGUCAUCAUCUAUCAGUACAGUAGCAGAAAUGCUCUCCAUGGUUUUCCAAUCUUCUGUUUCCUGGAGAGAUAAUUUAUUCCAACAAACCACUGCUGUUUUUUAUGUCUAAAUGUCACCAUAUAUUAUUGCAUUACAGCGGGAGCCCUAAGUAGGCUAACAGUGUUUAUUUCUUAUGAGUGCACAUUUUUAGAGCCUGCCCAGAAUAUGUUCUACUUUCCUUCAAAGCAACCUAUUUAUGUUGACUCUGAGAUCAUGGGUUUUAGACUCGAGUCAUUUGACUGGAUAAAUAUUGAAACAGGGAAACAUUUGUUCAGUGAUGGCAUCCUGAGGCCAUGUUGCCCGGGUGAUGUUUACCGUACCUUAACCUCUGAUCUCUGACCCAUGCCGCCUCCUCGUCCUUCAGCCUGGCCUUCGGGACCCUCUACCCGGCAUACUCCUCAUACAAGGCCGUCAAGACUAAGAAUGUGAAGGAAUAUGUGAGUACUGUACCUUUUUUAUUCCAGUAUAUUAGUAUAGUCUCUUUUGUAGCCAUCUCGUAUACUAAUUCUUAUUGAAAUAAGAUGGAAAAAGUGAUGGUUUUAAAAUGGGGUGUAGGCUUUUACUCUCCAAUGGGAUGCUGCAAGUUUCCAUUGUCUCUGAGGAUGCGAGAGCAGUUCAACUGUAUCCAUUUAAAAGGGAGCCUCCCAGCUUCCCUCAUCCCCGUCAGUGAGCAGAGGGAUGAGAAGGAAGUGGGGACCUCUCUCUCCUCCCUCUGGUUGCUAUAGAAACCCCACUCUCAAUAUCUGAGCGGGGGUACAUGCAGACUGAGUGGGAGGGAGAGAUGCAGAGGAGGAUGCCAUUUUUUUAGCCUUGUUUUUAUUUCUUUUUGCCCCCCCCCCCCUUCAAAAUGAUUCAGUCAAAUGAUUUCCACCGUAGCUAUCACAGUAGCUAUUUAUGUAACAUCACACAUUUUAGCCUGAGUUGUGUAGCUCUUGACAUUACAAUGUGACUCAUCCUCUCAGGCUAUUCACUGCAGUUUAGUACUUUUAAUUUUUGAUAUGUCGAUAGACAUACGGUGCAUUUGGAAAGUAUUCAGACUCCUUGACUUUUUCCACAUUUUGUUACAUUACAGCCUUAUUCUAAAAUGGCUUAAAAAAAAAAAAAUCCCCUCAUCAAUCUACACACAAUACCCCAUAAUGACGAAGCGAAAACAAGGUUGACAUUUUUGCAAAAGUAUAUUUAUAUUUUAAAAAAUAAAAGAAAUCGAAUACAUUUACAUAACUAUUCAGACCCUUUACUGAGUACUUUGUUGAAGUACCUUUGGCAGCGAUUACAGCCUUGAGUCUUCUUGGGUAUGACGAUACAAGCUUGGCACACAUGUAUUUGGGGAGUUCCUCCCAUUCUUCUCUGCAGAUGCUCUCAAGCUGUCAGGUUGGAUGGGGAGCGUCACUGCACAGCUAUUUUCAGGUCUCUCCAGAGAUGUUCAAUCGGGUUCACGUCCGGGCUCUGGCUGGGCCACUCAAGGACGUUCAGAGAUUUGUCCCGAACCCACUCCUGCGUUGUCUUGGCUGUGUGCUUAGGGUCGUUGUCCUGUUGGAAGGUGAACCUUCGCCCCAGUCUGAGGUCCUGAGCGCUCUGGAACAGGUUUUCAUCAAGGACAUCUCUUUACUUUGCUCCGUUCAUCUUUCCCUCUAUCCUGAUUAGUCUCCAAGUCCCUGCCGCUGAGAAACAUCUCUACAGCAUGAUGCUGCCACCACCAUGCUUCACCGUAGGGAUGGUGCCAGGUUUACUCCAGACGUGACGCUUGGUAUUCAGGCCAGAGUUCAAUAAUGGUUUUGUCAGACCAGAGAAUCUUGUUUCUCAUGGUCAGAGUCCUUUUGUUGCCUUUUGGCAAACUCCAAGUGGGCUGUUGUGCCUCUUUUGAGGAGUGGCUUCCAUCUGGCCACUCUAUCAUAAAGGCCUGAUUGGUGGAGUGCUGCAGAGUGGUACCCAUCGGGUUCUUGGCCACCUCCCUGACCAAGGCCCUUCUCCCCCCGAUUGCUCAGUUUGGCCGGGCGGCCAGCUCUAGGAAGAGUCUUGGCGGUUCCAAACUUCUUCCAUUUAAGAAUGAUGGAGGCCACUGUGUUCUUGGACCUUCAAUGCUGCAGAAAUGUUUUUGUACCCUUCCCCAGAUCUGUGCCUCGACACAAUCCUGUCUCGGAGCUCUACGGAUAAUUCCUUCUACCUCAUGGCUUGGUUUUUGCACUGUCAACUGUGGGACCAUAUAUAGACGUGUGUGUGUGUGUGUGUGUGUGUGUGUGUGCCUUUCCAAAUCAUGUCCAAUCAAUUGAAUUUACCACAGGUGGACUCCAAGUUGUAGAAACAUCUCAAGGAUGAUCAAUGGAAACAGGAUGCACCUGAGCUCUAUUUCGAAUCUCAUAGCAAAGGGUCUGAAUACUUAUGUAAAUAAGGUAUUUGUUUUAUUUUUAAUACAUUUGCAAACAUUUCUCUACUUGUUUUCGCUUUGUCAUUAUGGGGUAUUGUGUGUAGAUAGAGGAAAAACAUUAAUUUAAUCAAUUUUAGAAUAAGGCUGCAACGUAACAAUGUGGAAAAAGGGAAGGGGUCCGAAUAUGUUCCGAAUGCACAGUAUUUAGAUGUUUGUGUGACAUUCUGUCAGUGUGACAUUUAGGAUUUAUCCAUAAAUCUUGCUAAUUAUAUUGCAAUAAUUGAUGGUACACACUGACUGGAUUUUAUUCCUUGCCCAUCCUUUGGCAGUGAUAAACCAUGCAUACUGAUUUGGUCUAUAAGGGCCGUAACAUAUGCAUACUCGUGUGUGUGUGAGGGAGACGGUGAAUGAUGUAUAUGUGUCUUGUCACAUUCUUACGACAGCUUACUGUAGGCUAUGCUUUCAUGUGCUCUAUUUGGGACGCUCUCACCAUCGUUUGUGUGUGUCCAGGUGAAAUGGAUGAUGUACUGGAUAGUGUUUGCGUUAUUCACCACGGCGGAGACCCUCACAGACCUGUUCAUGUCCUGGUGAGUCCUGGUUGGUCACCUCUGACAACUGCCCUACAGCCACUAUACAACACUAGUCCCUAGGACAAUCCCUAGGAGCAAUAUACUUUGACAAUAUCUAUUCAUGGUGUAGGUAGGCUGUUGCCUUCUGAAAUGUACCACGAUAUCAGAGCAAAUGCUUGGUACACCCUUUGGUACAUGAAAGAGGAAAUGAUGAUAUUGUUUCUGUGAAAUCUAUUCUUCUGUCCUGCCUAUUAAGUAUCUCCUGUUGGUAUGAAAAAUGUAUGCGCUCACUAACUGUAAGUCGCUCUGGAUAAGAGCGUCUGCUAAAUGACUAAAAUGUUGGUGUGGUUGUCCAUGCAGGUUUCCUUUCUACUUUGAGUUGAAGAUAGCCUUUGUGAUCUGGCUCCUGUCUCCGUACACUAAGGGCUCCAGCGUGCUCUACCGCAAGUUUGUCCACCCCACCUUGUCCAACAAGGAGAAGGUAAAGUGUAACUCUUAACCCUGAACUCCCACCCUAACCCUGUCCAACAAAGAGCGGGUGAGAGGUCACAAUAAGCUUCAGCUCUGUCUGCCCGUCAGUUCUCAACUGGUUAGAUGCACUGACGCGUAUUUCUCUUUGUCUACUCUCUGUUUUGCGUGACUGUCACCCUCUUCCUCUCUCUCUGUCUACCUAUUUCUGUUUCUCUCCUGCUUUUUCCUUUUUGUCUCCCUUUUUCUGUUUGUCUCUUUCCCCAUGUUCUGUCAUGUAGGAAAUAGACGAAUACAUAACCCAGGCCAAAGACCGUAGUUAUGAGACUAUGAUGAGAUUUGGGAAGAGAGGGCUGAACUUGGCUGCUACCGCUGCAGUCACUGCAGCUAGCAAGGUAAGCAAGGCCCCGGGCCCUGACUAGGGGUGGGUGUGUGCUUGUCUGUCUGCACACGGUGUUUCCUUGUGCAAGAGUGUAUGUUUUGUCCUAUGUGCCAUCCUGUGUGUUUGUCACCUCAAGGCGUUUGAGGUGUGUGUGUUCGUUCUUACUGUAUGUACAUUUGCCUUAGCACUGGGAUGCUGCAGGGCGUCUGUCUGUAUAUGCAUACAUCUCUACCCUGCAGUGUUUGUGUGUGUGCAGGGCCAGGGCGUGCUGUCGGAGAAGCUGCGUAGUUUCAGCAUGCAGGACCUGACUCUGAUCAACGAUGGGGAGGAGCUGGGCCUGCGUUCCUCUGAGCCCCGCAUGAGGAGAGACGCCAUGGACGACAUGGCUGCUGGAAGCAGCACGCUAUCUAACACCCUGCCCCGCGCCAAAGCCACACGCCAGAGUGGGUAACGCGCACAAACGCUGCCCUGCGCCGUAACUGCUUCCACACGGCAGAGUGUAUAUAAUGCAUGUGGACAGAUUACUGUGAAUAAUGGGGUAUGUGGAACAACUCGCCCCUGUCAGAUCAGUGGUCACAAAGGAAGGAGAAAUGACAGCCAUUUUAGUCGUAGCAUUACAGUACGCUGACUUGUCUGUCUGUACUCUGUGCCUAUUGUCUAACAGGUCUUAUUUGUACAGGGCAGGGAGGGAGGGGGUGAAGUCAUGUGAAUAAAAAAAAAAAAAACCAACAACUGCAGAAUGCCAGGGAGGAAACUCUCCAGAUGGGGGGGGGGGGGGGGGGAGCAUGUGAUGUCAGUGGGUUGGAGGAGAAGUAGGGGUUCUUUGUGUCUGACUGCACAGCUCUGUCUCUGUGGGGCUGGCAGUUUGUGAAUACAGGGAGAAAAGGAGAGCGAGGAUGGUGGAAGGGAAUAAAUUGAGUUAAUGGGCAGUAUGGCAUGAAAGGCGGGGAAGAGGACAACCAGUGUAGCAAAGAGACCGACUGAUAGACUAUAACAGAGGAAACAGUUUGGUAAUGCGUGAGCUCCUGUUAGUGGCUAUAGGCAUGUACUCUAGUCUCAUUCACCAACCAUGUGUCUGAUCGGAGAGUCUAGAAACCUGGGGUGUCUUCUCUAUGAAGCAAACGGAAUGAAACUAGGAGGGACCUACCUGAAUUUGUCAAAUGGAAACACUUGUUUUCGUUGCGAAACCUUUUCUGUUUGGUGUAAACGGUUUCUGUUGCAAAACGUUUUGCUACGGUGUACAACUAAUGAAUACUCCCCUGGCACACAAGUGGGAACGUGAAGAUGAUGAUUUCACUCAUGACAGCCCACAAUCCCUCUGUCCAAUCUCACAGCUCGUUCCUCCAUGGUCCCUCAUCUUGACGAAUCAUCGCAGCACAGCUCGGACCAAUCAGACACCAGGAGCAUCACCACGGAGCAUUCCGACGAGGACGUCGUCGAGAAGGCCCCCGUGAAACGCACGGCUAGCGUCAAGGCAACCAAAAAACCUGCCGCUGCCAAGACAGAGGUAGGGGAUCAAACACAGAGUGGAGUGAGACUAGGGCUUAUGCAUUAUUUCUGACAGGUGAGUGACUGCUUCUUCUGCACUGAGGAGAGUCAGAAAAUGUGCGUACCAGUAUUGUGUGAAUGUGUAUAAUAUAGAAAUCAAAAAGAGGAAUAGUGCACAUACCACUCUGUCACAACACAACCCUCAGUGAAGGACAAAGCCAAUACAGUCUCGCCCCACUCUUAACUACUAACAUGUUUAAGUGUGUGCGUGCAUGCAUGUAUGCAAGUCACAGGGUCACCCACAGUUGGACUGUAUAAUCCUCCAAUAGAAAUACUCUCAUAUAUUAGCACAUAUUACCAUGUAUGAAUAUCAGCUCCUCACUCUCGCCUUCUCCAGCAGCUGCAUAGAAGCUGCCCUAGACACUGUUCAAGGAUCAGCUUACCCUCCCAGAGUCUUUAAUCUUAUCCAUAGUGGAGGGAAAUGCUAAACUGACCUUAGAUCUGUGUGUAAGGGAAACAUCAUCCUACUCUACUGCAGCACUAGCCGAUUUCAACUCAACUCCACUAUUUAUGAUGGAGUUUAGCAGUGACUAGUGUGUACGGACUGGAGCUCCGACGUCAAAUAAAAUGAUCAAAAAAAGAUUUCAGCACCCAAAGAAUAGCCCGCAAUUACACACAACAUUGUUCUUUGGGUGCUGAAAUAAAUGUUGUGACGUCGGAGCUCCUGUCAGCCCACACUAGUUGCCGAUCAACUCCAUCGUAAAUGGUUGAGUUUAGUUGGCUACUCCAGCACAGGCCUGUGGUAUUUGAAGCAGCCUCCAGCAGUGGAGCUCCCAUGGGAGACUGGCAGGAGAGUUUGUUAGGAUCAAAAUAAAUAUGAAAGGAGCAAAGUCCAGGUAAAAAGUUAGAGGAAAACCCAACAGUCUUCUGAAACCUAACCCUGGGAUAGGGUUUUAUUUUUCAGUGGGACAAUUACACACGUUUUUGCAAAAAACACCAGAAUGGCUUUCCAAAAGGUGUUGAGUGGUCUAGACUCAGUCCUGACUUAAAUCAAUGGAUAAAAAACAAUGGAUAUACUGGGUUGGCCUAAGAGUUGUGCAAAGUUGGUAGAAUCUUAAUGAAAAUGAUUCACAGCUGUAAUUGCUUCCACCAAGUACUAACUCGGGGGGGGGGGGGGGGGGGGGGGGGGGGGUGGAGGAGACUUAUUCAAUUAUGAUAUUUCAGUUGAUUGUUAACUUAAUUUGGUAAAUGUUCUAUAACUUUCUUUCACUUUGGAAAUGUGGAGUAGGUUGUGUAGAUCUGUAGGAAGAAUCUAAUUGAAUCCCUAUUUUACAUUUAAAAAUGAAGGCAGCAAAAUGUGAAAAGUUACAUUUACAUUUACAUUUUAGUCAUUUAGCAGACGCUCUUAACCAGAGCGACUUACAGGAGCAAUUAGGGUUAAGUGCCUUGCUCAAGGGCACAUUAACGUCAUUUAGCAGACGCUCUUAGCCAGAGCGACUCACAAAUUGGUGCGUUCACCCUAUAGCCAGUGGGAUAACCAGUGGGAUAACCAAGUUCAAGGGGGUGUAGACUUUCUAUAGGCACUGUAUAUACGGCUCAAUAAUACAUGACUGGUGUCUAUAGCGUCAUUUAGCAGACGCUCUUAGCCAGAGCGACUCACAAAUUGGUGCGUUCACCCUAUAGCCAGUGGGAUAACCAGUGGGAUAACCAAGUUCAAGGGGGUGUAGACUUUCUAUAGGCACUGUAUAUACGGCUCAAUAAUACAUGACUGGUGUCUAUAGCAUGGGUUGUGUAUAGGAAGAUUUGUGUGCGCGCCAUGGACUAAUUCAGGAAUGCAGUGUGUAGGUUGUAAGAUGGCUCUUGUGCGAGUGAGUCUGCCCACUUAGGACACAAUAAGCCCCUGUCCAAGUUCUCUGAAGACCUAUUUCUCUCAUUGUUUUUUUUGCUCUGUCGUUUCUUAAUUUCUCAUUUUCUGUUUUGUAAACUCUUCCCCCUCGUUUCUCUUCCCUCCUGUCAGACUACGACUAAGACGGUGAAAAAGACACCAAAGAAGAAGACUACCGCUACAGCUAUAGCCAGCAACAACGGCGACUCACAAUGACACCUGUAUCUGCUGUCCCUAUCUACAUCCUACUUUACACCACUACACACUCACACACUCAGACAGCCAAGGACCUCUGGACAGUCACUAUAUAUGGCCAGCUUCAUGUCAACUCACCGGUUUAGUUCUAAUAUAUGGCCAGCUUCAUGUCAACAGCACUGUUCUUUUUAUUUAGACCGCUGCUUACAUUUGAGGUUGUAUAGUCAUUGCCAUCAGUGUAAGUGCAUGUUUUGUUUGAGAUAAUGGC